UCAAGUUGUGUUCGAAAAACAUUUCACAUGUACUUCAACGAAGUUUUUAAAAGAAAAUAUAAUAUAAUGUUCUAGAAAUCUUUAAACAAUGGACGCCUAUGACAUAUUUAAAAAACUAACGAAAGGUCUAACCUUCAAACACCGAGUUCUGGGCAUUAAAAACAAUCAGGAACCAUCAGUAGCUGUUAAAAAAGAAGAAUUAAAGAUUAAAAUUGAAGAACCAGAUGAACAUGAAAUAGAGGAUGGUAAUGAUUCAGAUCUAUCUGAACCAGAAGCCUCUGACUCAGGGUCAGAUAGUGAAAAUGCUGACAUACAAUUGGUAGAUGGUGUAAUUAUUGGAGAGAAGAAAAGAAAAAAGAAGAGAAAAGAACAGUCUGAGGAUUUGCAAAAGAAACUUGAGCUUGAAGAGCAAAAUCGCUUCCGUAAUGAGUAUGGUAUAAAAGUUGUUGGUCGACAUGUUCCCGCUGCUCUGAAGCAGUUUUCAGACCUUGUGCCUCAGUACAAUGUGUCGCAGGCGCUGGUGAACACGGCAAUACAGUGCGGGUACAGUGAACCCACACCUGUACAACGACAGACUCUACCCUGUAUGUUGGAGGACCGCCAAAUACUUGCCUGUGCUCCGACUGGCUCUGGUAAAACAGCAGCGUUUCUUCUCCCUAUACUACACACACUAGGAGCACCCCAAGGAGGCCCGAGAGCCUUAAUCCUAUGUCCGACGAGAGAACUAGCACAUCAGAUCUACCGGGAGGCACUAAGGUUGAGUGCCUCUACUGAGCUACGAUGCAGUGUGGUACGAAACAUGAAAGAAAGUAAAGUGAAGGAACGCGAAGCUACAAUUAGAAAAAGUGAUAUUGUCAUCAGUACGCCAAAUCGCCUAUGUUAUCUGCUUAAUCAAGACAAUGUCAGCAUCACUUUGGACAAGGUCCGGUGGCUCAUCAUCGAUGAAGCGGACAAGCUGUUCGAGGGUUCUGCAGACCAGGUGUCAGACUUCCGGCAGCAGCUCGACCAGAUCAUGUCGUGCUGCGGCAGCAAGCAACGCCGGGUGGCGAUGUUUAGUGCCACUCACACGCCGCCCGUCGCCAAGUGGACCAGACGGAAUCUCAGGGGACUGGUCAACAUCACAGUCGGCCAAAGGAACGCAGCCACAAAUCUGGUGGACCAGGAGCUGCUGUUCUGCGGCAAUGAGAACGGGAAACUGGUGGCGUUCAGACAACUGGUGCAGAAGGGGCUCAAGCCACCAGUUUUGGUGUUCGUGCAGAGCAAAGACAGAGCGAAGCAGUUGUUUAAGGAGUUAAUAUACGACGGGAUUAAUGUGGACGUCAUACACGCAGACAGGACGCAGGCACAGCGUGACAACGUGGUGCGUAGUUUCCGCGUGGGCCGCAUAUGGGUGCUGAUAUGUACGGAGCUGAUGGGGCGCGGGAUCGACUUCCGCGGAGUGAACCUCGUCAUCAACUAUGACUUCCCGCCCUCCGCCAUCGCAUAUAUACACAGAAUCGGCCGCGCGGGCCGCGCUGGUCAAAGAGGACGCGCCAUCACGUUCUUCACACAAGAUGACGUUGUGAACCUCAGGAGCAUUGCAUCUGUAAUGAAACAAUCCGGCUGCGAUGUACCAGAGUACAUGCUGAAACUCAAACAGGACCCGAACCGCAGGAAGAAACUUAUGAAGAAGGCACCGCACCGCGACAAAAUAUCCACUGCACUCGAGAAACCCAGCAAGAGGAAAUUGGAAGGUGACAAACAUACAGACAAAGCUGAAACAAAAGACACGAACAUAGUCAAAAGCGGAAAGAAUAAUAAACUUAGGAAAAUAAAUGCAGUUGAAGGAAACAAAAAUAAUAGAAAUAGUAAAAUAUCUGGUGAAGCAAACAAAAAUAAUGGCAAUAGGAAUAAAAAGAAAUCUAAUCUCAAGAGAAGAAAGAAGAAAGUGCUCGCGAAUAAAGUGAAGAAAACUAGUAAAUGAUGU